AUUUGGUUGAUUUUGAUGAUAAAAAUAUCCUGGGAAAAACAAAAAGAUAAUCAACAAAAAUGUCAACCACCAACGGGAAAAUAUCCCUAUAAACGUUCAUUAAUAUUACCAUAUCGUUCGGAUUAUUCGUUUGAAUGUUUUACCUGUUUAAAGGAUACAAAACAAUUAAAUUCAUUAUGGAAAUUUUUAUCAUUCUAUGAAAGUCGGUUAUAUAAUAUUGGACAAGUACAAGAUGUUGAUAAAGAAAAAUUAAUUGAAAUUGAUAAAUCAACCGGUACGCUUACCUUUCGUAAAUUACGUAGAAGUGGUACAUUUUAUUGUAUUUAUCAAUCAAAAAUUUUAGCCAUGUAUCGUGUUACAAUAUUACGUAAUAUCCAGCAAAAAACAUUACGUUAUAUUUUGAAUAGAAAUGAUUCGAAUAGACAAAUGAUUGAUGAAAAAGUUCAUGAUGAUUAUUUUGUCAUACACGAAAAUGGUCCAAAAUUACAGAUAUUUUUUCAAUUAUUAUAUGAAACAUCGUGUAAUGAAAAUCGUCAUUAUUCAUAUGGACAAACUGUUUAUGUUUGUAUGAUACGAAUUGCUGAUGAUUCGGCUAAUGAAACAUUAGCCAUUCAUAAUAAAAAUGAACCACUUUUAAUAACAAAAUUAAAAGAAUUUCAUGAAAUUCCAUGUGAAGAUCCAUUAGCUGAACGUGUUGUUGAUGCAAAUUUUCAACAAUCAUCAUCAUUGUUGAAAAAUAUUCGUGUAGUAAUUGCCUAUAAAAUUUGUCAAAAUAUUGACAUUCAACAAUAUCGUAGAGCAGAAUCAGAAACGAUUGCAUUUAUGCAAAUUCGUUCAAUGUUUCAAUCAUCCGAACAUAUUAAACGAAAAAUAAAAGAAUAUACUGUUAUUACUUGUUAUCGAUUUAAUCAAUCAUUAGAUUUACAAAAAAUCACACCAAUCAGAUGGAAUAAAAUACGAUUUGAUUAUGAUUUGGAUGAAUUGUAUCAUGAAAGUACAAAACCAGCAAAAGAAUUAUCACAAUGGAUAUCACCAUUUUAUCUAGAACAUUCUACAAAUGGUCGUAUAUUUAUCGAUUGGUUUGGUAAUAUUCAUAUAAAAUCAUUACAAAAAUUUGAUUUACGUUUAAUAUUUCGAUGCUAUAAUGAUUCAUCAUUAUCACAAACAGAAUCGAAAUCGAAAUCCAAAUUAAAUGCUAUACGUAUUAUAAAAAAACAUUGGCAUCUACCAUCAUUAUAUGAAAUAUUGGGAUUCUAUCCACAAAACGACGUUAUUUGA